AUGAUUAGUGGAAUGGUGAGAGAAGAUUCAGAUGUAGCUUUGGAAGCGUCCCAUUUUGCUUUUCUUCAACAAAAUAAGAAUGUUUUAGGCAGUAAUGUUCUCUGGAGACGAAAAGAACAACUGGAGAAGUGGGAGACAUCAGAAACUAAUCGUUUGCCCUCAGUUCGAAGACUUAAUCGUGAAUCUAAAGUUAAAUUCACGGAUGCCGAUAUAUUUCUAAGUGCUUGCUUAAGUGGUGAUCUAGAAGAAGUAGGAACAUUGCUUGAUAAUGGCGCAGAUAUUAACACUACCACAGUGGAUGGUUUAACAGCUCUACAUCAGGCAGUUAUAGAUGGUAAGCCAGAAAUGGUGCAGUUUUUAGUUGAUCAUGGAGCUAAUCUCAAUGCCCAGGAUAAUGAAGGUUGGACUCCGCUGCAUGCAGCGGCUUGCUGUGGUAAUAUUGAUUUAGUCGAGUAUCUGUGUGCAAGGGGUGCUGAUCUCUCUGUUACUAAUAGUGACAAAGAAUUAGCUCUUGACUUGGCAGAGGAAGAUGACUGUCGAAUGGUUCUUGAAGAGGAGCAUCAUCGACAGAGUAUUGAUCCAGAUGAAUGCCGCAAUAGGGAAAUAUUACUAAUGAGGCGGGAUGCAGAACAAUGGUUGAAAGAUGGUGAAAUACAAGAUAAUCCUCAUUUUCGUACUGGUGCUACUGCAUUACAUGUUGCAGCUGCUAAAGGAUACCAUGAUGUUAUGCAGUUAUUACUAAAAGCUGGUGCUAAUGUAAAUUGUCGUGAUCGUGAUGGUUGGACUCCGCUUCAUGCUGCUGCUCACUGGGCCGAACAUGAAGCUGCUGCUAUUCUGAUUCAGAAUGGUGCUUCGUUUUCUGAACUCACCAAUAAUGUUGGUGUAUUUGCAAAUUUAGUUUUUCUCUUGAAUCCAGGUCUUGGUUCGCUAGGUGAGACAGUAUUGAAUGUUGCUGAUAAAAAAAUUAUUGAAUAUUUAGAAGGAAUGCAGGAACAAGAACGGUCUAGAUUGACAUCCAAUAAUUCUGUCAAUGUAUUGAUACAUGCUAAUAUACCAUUGAAAAGAUCGAGUUCAACUACAUCUGUACUAAGAAUGUCUACAGAAGAAAAAACUAAAAAGACUAAAUUAGAUGAGCAAGACGAAAAUAAAGAACUUAGAGAGGGUCAUUAUUCGUUUGUCAUUGAAGAUAAGUCUCCUUCGCCAUCAGUAGAAGUUAGAUUACCAUUUCCUUCGAAGCAGCAGCUGCAUGAUAACUCUGAGUCUUCCACUGAAGAAGAAAGGUAUCUUUUAAUGAAAGAUCCCCAUCUUACAUUGUUUCUUAAGUUUAUAAUUUUUUCAACCUCUAGAACGAGUAGCGAAGAAAAGACUGCAUCGACGUUUGAAUCCAAAAACAGCAAUACAAAUAGAAAUUUGCCAUCGGCAUCUCAGUCAGUUUCACUUCCACAGUUUGAGCAGGGAAAAACGAAGAACUUACCGCCCGAUGACAAGCUUUCUCGUACCACAUCCGUUCCACCCCUUCCAUCUUUGACAUUAGCAAAUGAAUUGAAGUCUUCGCCAGAAGGACAACGUAAUCCAACUUCCUGUUCGUCAUCGACAACUAUUAGUAGUUCUGUAUCGCGAUCCCCAAGCACUGAGUCUAAUUCUUCGACUUCAUUGGCACAAAAUCAUCUUCGGAUAAAAAAUCACAUUCCAGAUAAGGAAUUUACUACUACAAAAACAACAGUGUCUUUGGAGCCGUCGGCUCAAUCGAAUAAAACUGCCAGCAUUCAUCAACCUGCAGCAACUUCUGUUCCAUGGAUGUCUUUAUAUCGUAGUUCGGUAAUCAAAGGUCCGCUGCAUCCUGCCUUUGCGCAUUUCCAAGCUGCUGUGCGACAAGCUGCUACAGGCAAUAAAAGUCAAGCAGUUAAGAAUGUUUGUACUGUUCAAGCGACUGUACCGUCGUUGUCAAGGGGAACGCUUGCAACUCCUCCGAUGGAACCAAAUUUACCAAAUGAAAGUGAAGCUGAGCGAAGAAGUAAAGCUAAACGACAGAGAGAUUCGCGGAGGUCGACUCAAGGAGUAACACGAGAGCAGUUGCGCGUUGCAACGACGUUGGCUGUCCGUCGUAAUGACAAAGAGAAAGAUAAAGAUAAAGAAAAUGAAACGCAGGUUCACGAGAAAAACUCUUCCACUUCACCUUCUUUAGAGUCAUCUACAUCAAAUGAAGUAGAAAAGAAAGUUGUAGAAGGGCGAAAAGAUUUGGAAACUAACUCUUACUGUUCUCUGCAGACACUUCCCGCUGUACCAAGGACGACACGCCGAGUUACAGGUCCAAUACGAAUAGAUGGUCUUCAGGCUGAUGAGACUUCAGAUGAUUCAGUACAAUCAAGUGGUGGCGAUAGACUGUCAGCCUGUGUAACUACACCCUCGUUGCCUAGUGCGGAUCUCUCUGAGUUGAUCACUGCUACAACUUCUUAUAACGUUCGAUAUAGUGACCUCACAUCCAUUGCUUCUACUCAAGCUACAUUAACCAAUAAAUUAAGACCAUUUGCUCAACAUGAAGAUGAUUUUUACUGUAUGUUGUCUUUUGUUGAAGGUAUUUUAUUGAUCGCCUUUGUUUCUCUCAUUAUUGUGAAUCUACAGUUAUCUUUUGUUUCAUUUCAGACAAAUUCAGUGCAUAUUGGUGGGACUAAAUCCACAACAGUACCAUUGCAAAUUCAAAAUAACCGAACAAAGUGUCAGGAAAUUGUGGAUUAUAAAGCAUUAUAUGAGAAAGAAAAACAGGAAACUGAAAAAUUGCGGCGACGUAUAGAAGAAUUGUCAAUAGAGAAAUCAAAUUCAGCGAGCAAAACUUCAUAUUUGAAUCGUGGCUUAGAAGGACGUCUCACGUCAUCAUCGUCGCUUAGCAAGUCAUUACCUUCUUCAAUAGACAGUCGCGAACGCCGCAGUUAUGAACAGCGAAUUGCCGAGAUGCAAUAUGAAAUCGAAGAACUGAAAAAAUUGGAGAAAACCAACGCUUCGCUACGAUUGGAAAACGAAGCAUUGAUUCGUGUGUUAUCUAAAAUGAGUCGGCAGCAAAGUACACCAACUUGGCCUCGGUACUUAUUUGAUUUUCAGCAGUUGGAGCACCUACGCGCGGACAAUCAAAAAUUAAAAGAAGAAAACGGAGCACUAAUACGCGUGAUAUCAAAGCUCUCCAAAUGA